AUGAAGUAGAUGUCCAUUACGCGCCACGACUUAUGCUGCUUUUCUGGAUUUAAUUCAAUGGAUGCUUUAAGAGCAGCAGCUACAUUGGAUAGUACUGAUGGUCAAGUGGCUACUGUUAGUCGUACUAGUUCACCACCUCCUUUGGAUUUACUCAGUCCUCCUCCUGUUGUUGCUGAAUAUUGGUGUCAUACACAAGUACGUGUUACAAAAAUGAAAUACGUUUGGACAAUAAGCAAUUUUAGCUUUUGUCGUGAAGAAAUGGGUGAAGUUGUAAAAAGUUCAUUUUUUUCUUGUGGACCAAAUGAUAAAUUAAAAUGGUGUCUACGAAUAAAUCCAAAAGGUUUAGAUGAAGAAAGCAGAGAAUAUUUAUCAUUGUAUCUUUUAUUGGUUAAUUGUGGCACAAAAAGUGAAGCCAGAGCUAAAUUUAAAUUUUCUAUUUUAAAUGCAAAACGUGAAGAAACUAAAGCAAUGGAAAGUCAACGUGCUUAUAGAUUUGUACAAGGCAAAGAUUGGGGUUUUAAAAAAUUUAUACGACGUGAUGUUUUAAUGGAUGAAGCGAAUGGUCUUUUGCCGAAUGAUCGUUUAACUAUUUUAUGUGAGGUUUCCGUUGUAGGUGAAAUUCUAUCAGAAAGUGGACAAGUUAAUAAUCAACCAAUCAGUGUACCCGAGUGUAAUUUACAUGAAGAUAUUGGAAGUUUAUUAUUUAAACAAUUAUUAACAGAUGUUACACUAGUUGUUGUAUCGAAUAAUACUACUAAUCAUAAUACUAGUAAUACAACAACUUGUAAUAAUUUAUCAAAUGAAAAAUGUUCCAUGUCACAUGUUAUAAAUCAACAUUCAUGCACUUCAAGUCAUCAACAUCAACAUCAUCAUCAGAAUAAUAAUACAUUGCCUAAUGUUAGUUCUUUGAAUGAACAACAAGGAAAUAAUAAAUUUUCCGCAUAUGAAUCAACCGGUGAAGAUGAUGAUGAAGAAGAUGAUGGUGAUGAAUUAGAUGAAGGUGAAGAAUUCGAUGAUGAUGAUGAUGUAGAGGAGGAUGAUGUAGAAGAUGAUGGUGUAGAAGAAGAUGGUGAAGAUGAUGAUGGUGGAGAUGAAGAGGAUGAAGAUGAACAACAACAACAAGAGAAUGAAAGUGAACGUGAUGAAGAUACAACGCAGUCUAGUAGUUAUAGAGAAUCACAAUUGACAUUUUUAAUUGAAGAUGGUAUUCAUUUAGCUCCGAAUGGUAGUAGUAGUAGUAAUAAUAAUCAUAUUAAUACAGAACAAGGUGAAGCAGAAGCAACCACAGCAGCAACAGUAGCAGUGGCAAAUCAUCGAACUCUAGUCACAAGUGAUAAUCAUGCUUCUAGUACUUCAUCAUCUCAUCCAUUAACUCAUCAUCAUGUCUUGUCAUCGUCAACUUUAACUCCAACGACAACAACAUCGAAUGUACCAACUAAAGGUGUUAUAGUUCCUAUAGCUUCUACUAAUCCUAGUCCAUUACUAGUCCCAUGUACUACAGGUAGUGCUGGCGGUGGUGUUGUAGAUGUAGCAGCAUCCUCUGUGAAACAGUUUUCAUUAGAUAAUCAUGUUUCAAAUGGUGGUGAUUGGCGAUCGACCACAUCAUCAUCAACAUCAACAUCAUCGUCAAAUUUUGUUACCACUGUUCAAGGCAAUACAAAUCGUGAUGAUCGUGAAGUAGUAGUACGAUCCAAUGGUGUUUGUGAUAUUGUUGUCAGUCAAAGAACUUCUGAUGAUAAUUGGUCUUCAUCAAAAACUACUACUGGCAUUCAUCGAUGUCGGAUGUCUGGUCUGGUACCGUCCACAUCGUCUGCGCUGCCCACAACUACAGAUUCUUUAACAUCUUCCACUUCAUGUUGCAGUAAUAAAGUAAAACAACCUAUUGGACAUAAUAAUGCAGAUGUCGGGAGUAGUAGUACAACUACAAGUAGUACAACUAUUAGUCAAAGUAGUAGUUCUCUUGCUAAUACCACUCCAUCGAAUCCUUUAAUUACAUCAAAAGAAGAAUCGGAAGAUACGGAAGAAUCAGUUGAAGCGGAGACAUCUGGUACAUCUAGUCGUGUACGUCGUAAUACAACACGUAGGCGAAACACUACAUCAACUACCACAACAACAACCUCAACAUCAAAUCGUUCACGCAAUCGAAAUGGUCGAGAUUCAUCCGUUUUAACUACUGUGUCAAAAGCUGCUUCGACUACUUCAAAUCAUUCCAAUCUUGUUGGAACUCCAUCAAGUUCUACUACUUGCUCAUCGGGUAUAACCACUAAUCAAACUGUAAAAUGUUCCAGUAUGGGUUCUAAUAAUAACAAUAACAAUAGCAAUAACAAUAAUUCGACAGUGAAUGGAACUUCCAAUUCAAGUGUUGUACUAAGACAAUUUGAAGCACAUAAAGCGAUUCUAGCUGCUCGUAGUCCAGUAUUUGCUGCAAUGUUUGGGCAUGGUAUGGAAGAGUCUAGAGCAAAUCGAGUUGAAAUUACUGAUAUGGAGCCGGAUACUGUUGCAGAAGUUUUACGAUACAUUUAUACAGGUCAAGUUGUUGGUAUGAAUCGAUUGGCUCAUGAGUUAUUAGCUGCAGCGGACAAGUAUCAAUUAGAACGAUUAAAAACAAUGUGUGAAGAAGCUUUGGUGGAAAGUCUUUCAGUAGAGAAUGCAUGUGAUAUAUUUGGACUAGCUGAUAUGCAUAAUGCAGAACAAUUGAAAACGCAUACAUUAGAAUUUAUUAUGCUCCAUGCACAUGAUGUCUGUGAGACUGAAGGCUAUGAACAAUUAGUUCGACAUCGUCCACGUCUAUUGAAUGAAUGUUUUCGAAGUUUAGCAUCACAACAACUUCCUCUUCGAUGUUGGGCACGUAAACGUCCAAGGCAAUCAUAA